AUGUUGAGGACAGCUAGAUCGCUACCAUCACUCCGCCUUCUUUAUCAGUCUGAAAUAAAAUCUUUACACGAACCUGUUAAAGCAGCUACAACUUACGCUUUCAAAUCAGGGGACUUGUUCCAUACUCAGACAAAGUUAUCAGUGAGACAUGUUCAUCAAACUUCUAAGAAGGAAACAAUUCUUCUCGAUAUUUCCUCUCAUAAGGGGAAAUAUACAUCAAUGAAUCUACAAGGUUUGAAAAUGGAAUGUAGAAAAAGAGGUUUGAAGGUUUCUGGUCGUAAGAUUGACCUAGUUCAAAGACUCAUUGCACAAGAGCAAUCAGGUAUUGAGAAUUCAAGAGCAUAUUCUGGGCUUUCUGAGCAACAUUCUAGUGAUCGUUCUAUAUUACCACUAGAAGUGAAAAAGCAAAGUAGUGCUAAGUUGUCGAAAAAGGCUGAAGUUAAGAGUGGAAAGUCAGGGAAAACUAAAACGAAUGAACAAUCAAUAACAGCUUCAAAAACUAGAUUGUCGAAGAAAAGCACAUCAAAAAAUGAAAAUGCCAAGGGUCAACUUAGCUCUCAAGAGGCAAAUACCCGCUCAGAUACCACACUCGAAGCUGAACAAGAAAAGCAUCGCCUACAGAGCGCAAUAAGCAAUGCAGCGUUUUCUGUUACCAACCAGCACAUUGUUUCAAAUGUUCUCAAAAAAGCCAACGAACAAUCUAAAGAGCAAAUUAUUGAAAAAUCUAAGAAACAGAUAAAAGCAAGGGCCAAAGAACAACAAAGAACACACUACGAACAAAGCCAACGGAAACACUACAACGAAACUAAAACACGUGAAGAAAACCAGCAUGAGAAUGUCAGACUGACAAAUAGAGACAUAGGAUUCUUAUCUGCGUUUGGUGUCUCUACUGUGGCAUGGUGGUCUAUGAAGGAAUGA